AUGCUCCACACGGUUUUGUCAGCAAACAUGUCUCAAGACUUUGCUAAGAAUGCAACAGAGAGGCCAGAGCCUUUUAAAGCAGAAGUUAAAGGGAACAUUCCCACCUGGCUGCAAGGAACACUCCUGCGGAAUGGCCCUGGCAUCUUCUCCGUGGGGGAGACCAGCUACAACCACUGGUUUGAUGGGAUGGCCAUAAUGAACAGUUUCACCUUCAAAGAUGGUGAAAUGACCCACAGAAGCAGAUUCCUUAGAAGUGACACCUAUAAAGCCAAUAUGGGAGCAAACAGAAUUGUUGUGUCUGAAAUGGGGACAAUGGCCUUUCCAGACCCAAGCAAGAACUUCAUUUUCAAGGCAAUUACCUUUCUCAACCACACAGUGCCCGAUUUCACUGACAAUGGCGCAAGCAAUUUCAUCAAAUAUGGAAACGAUUAUUAUGCCACUUCUGAAACCAACUACAUCAACAAGAUCGAUCCCGUGACCCUGGAAACUCAGGAGAAGGUGGACUACUUGAAGUACCUGCCUGUAAACCUGGCUUCGUGCCACCCGCACUAUGACAAAGAGGGCAAUGCCUACAACAUUGGAACCAGUAUAGCAGCAAAGGGCAAAACUAAAUACACACUGUUCAAAGUUCCUGCUGUCUCAGACAAAGACAAAGGCAUCCCUGCACUGAAGAAUGUACAGGUGAUCUGCUCAGUUCCCUGCCGCUCCCUUCUCAUGCCGAGCUAUUAUCAUAGCUUUGGCAUGACAGAUAACUACAUGAUCUUUGUCGAGCUGCCUUUUAAGCUGGAUAUCCUUAAGAUGACCACUGCCUAUAUGAGGGGAGUCAGCUGGGCAAGCUGCCUGAAGUUCUGCCCUGAAGAAAACACUCUCAUCCACUUGAUAGACAGAAAGAGCGGAAAAGAGGUCGAGACAAAGUAUUACACCGGAGCAAUGGUCAUCUACCACCACGUGAAUGCUUUCGAGGAUGAUGGUCACGUGAUCUUUGAUGUCAUUGCCUACAGAGACAACAGCCUCUAUGAUAUGUUCUACUUGAGCAACUUGCAGGAAAAAUCCGAGUUUGAUGACAAAAGAUACUCCAAGCCAACUUACAAGAGAUUUGCGCUUCCCAUCCACUGUGACAAGGGCGUUGCAGUAGGAGACAACCUGGUGAAACUCAAGUACACAACAGCCAGCGCUGUGAAGGAGAAAGAAGGGAAACUCAUGUGCCAAGCAGAGGUGCUCUGUGAAGGCUUGGAAUUGCCCCAAAUCAAUUAUGACAUCAAUGGCAAGAGGCACCAGUUUGUCUAUGGGAGCUACGUCGGGGAAUCUGCAGAAGUGGUGGCAAAAUUUGACACAGAAAGCAAAAAAAUGGUGUGCUGGAGCGAAGACAAGUGCAGGUCAUCAGAGCCCGUGUUCAUCCCCAGACCGAACGGAGAGUCAGAGGAUGACGGUGUGGUCCUGACAUCAGUCAUCAACGCCGCACCAGGCCAGUCGAGCUUCAUCCUGAUUCUUGAUGGGAGAACGUUCAAGGAAGUAGCACGGGCCUAUGUGAACACUGAGCUGAACAAGGACAUGCAUGGAUUAUUUAUCCCACAUGGCAAAUAAAGAAAAUAAAAAAAACCUGUGCCAAAAUGACAUAUGUGGCACACGCAUGUAUCUGAACACUUUGAGAUAUGAUUUCACGGAGAGCCUCAACUACUGAUUUUGCCACUUUAAGCUGUUUCAUUAUACCCUGUAUUAUCACUGGUUUAUGGUAUAUAGUUAACCUUGUCAUGUAUUGCAAUGUUCUCAGAUGUAUUCUCAUUUUUUUAGUUCAAUGAUAUUAUAAGAAUAAAGCCAACCAAUGU